GAUCCUGUCGAGACUUGUUUGAUCCUGACCGCGGCAGACUCUCAUGGACCGUCUGGCGACCGUCAAAGUUGGGCGAGUCACAUCCUCAUCAUCAACUGGCAGGGCUCAUAGACGGAUCUACAUCGCCCCUUCGGCUCUCAAAUCCCUGAAGCUCCAUGCAGGAGAUUGGGUCGAGCUAAAGUCGCUGGCUGGAACCGGGGUGAUUGGUCAAUUGUGGCCGGGAGCAGACAUCGAUGAUGACGAGACCGUGCUCGUGUCAGAAGGUCAGAGCUCGAAUGUCGGAUCAGACACCGCCGAGCUCUUCAAAUUCGACCCUCCAUCGUCUGUGCCCAUUCUCAGAUCCAUCACCUUACAAGCUGAAGCUCAACAAUCUCCCUCUGGGACAAGAGAGACCAAGUGGAUGACAGCUGCAAUGACCGAAGAGCUGGUCGCGACGAGAUACGUUCGACCGGGGCUGAAGAUCAUUGUUGGAUCCCAACGCUGGAUAGUUUCAUCCGUAGAAGUUGACGCAGGGUCAGCAAAGCACACCGACCUGCCCAUCGAUCUUGAACGCUUGUCCCUAAACUCGGCAGCUUAUCAAGUCGACUGGCGCACUCGAAUCAUCAUAAGUGAUACAUUGCAGUCCAAAUCGAAACACGACAUCAAAUCCACGGCCUCUUACAUAAAUAUCUACACGCCUUCCGUAGGUGGUCAAGCGGCUUAUCGCUCCCUUGGAGGUCUUUCAUCUCAGAUCAGGCAGAUCCAAGCCCUUCUCGACGGUCCAUUCAACCAUCCAGAGAUUCACAGACGAUUCGGCAUUGCCCCACCCCGUGGCAUACUCCUUCAUGGUCCACCUGGAACCGGCAAGACGGCUCUUGCCAGAGCUUUCGCGUCAUCCCGUACAGAUUGUACCUGUAUAGUUGUCAAUGGUCCCGAAUUGAGCUCAGCAUACCAUGGAGAGACUGAAGAGCGAUUAAGAGGUGUAUUUGAAGAAGCACAAUCAAGACGCCCCUGUAUCGUCGUACUGGAUGAGAUUGAUGCCUUGUGUCCUAGACGAGAUGGAGAUGGAGGAGAGGUGGAAAAGCGGGUGGUGGCCACUCUACUCACGCUCCUAGAUGGAAUAGACGCGAAUACCGGGGUAUUUGUCAUCGGCGCCACGAAUCGACCAAAUGCCAUUGAUCCGGCACUACGAAGACCAGGUCGAUUCGAUCGCGAGAUCGAACUCGGUGUUCCAGAUACAGAAGCUCGUCGAGAAAUUUUGUCUCUGCUCAUCGACAAGAUGCCAAACACCCUGUCUCCGGAGAAUAUCACGUCACUCGCCAAUCGGACGCAUGGAUACGUCGGAGCCGAUCUCUCCUCACUCGUCCGCGAAUCAGCCUCGGCGGCCAUUGCAAAGUCCGACGGGAGUCCUGAUACCACUCUUUCCUUGAACGAUCUAGACAUGAUCCUCAAGACGAUGCGCCCAUCGACAAUGCGAGAAGUCUUUGUCGAAACUCGAGAUGUGAAAUGGUCAGAUAUAGGGGGUCAAACUGAAGUGAAACAGAAACUUCGGGAAUGCGUGGAAUGGCCUCUGACCCACCAAUCUACAUUCAAAAGACUCGGGGUGGACGCGCCGAAGGGCGUACUCUUAUAUGGUCCACCGGGAUGUAGCAAGACAAUGACCGCCAAAGCCCUUGCUACGGAAAGUGGGCUUAAUUUUAUCGCCGUCAAGGGACCAGAGUUGCUCAACAAAUACGUUGGAGAAUCUGAGCGGGCAGUGAGAGAGACGUUCCGUAAAGCCAGGACAGCGGCGCCUACCAUUAUCUUUUUCGACGAGAUCGAUGCGCUAGGCUCAUCUCGAUCAGACGAUACGGCUCACUCUGGCGUCCUGACGUCGCUCUUAAACGAAAUGGACGGUAUAGAGGAAUUGUUAGGGGUCAUUGUGGUGGCGGCUACGAACCGACCUGAAGUACUCGACUCGGCAUUGCUUCGUCCUGGACGACUUGAUCGGAUCUUGUAUGUCGGCGCUCCGGAUCUACAGACGAGGAGGGACAUUUUUAGGAUACGAUUAGCAAAGAUGGCAGUCGAAACAGGUGUCGACGUGGACGAGCUCGCUCGACUGACCGAAGGCUGCUCCGGUGCUGAAAUCGCCUCGAUUUGUCAAGAUGCCGCGCUGUCGACUAUGAAUGAGAACGUCGAUGCGCCCUGUGUCACCACCGCAAACCUUGUUCACUCAGCGCGAACGGUCAGACGACGCAUCACACCGUCUAUGAUCCGACACUUUGAACAGUGGCGCGAUCAAUCAGGCGUGAGAAGUGCGUAGCAUACAUGCAUGCAUCUGGCGACA